AUGCUACUGCUGCUGGAGACGCCCUCGGGCUUUGCAAUUCUAUCUUUCGACGGGGUCCAGCUCUAUCUGCCAGGCGCCAAGGAGAUUGUUUGGCUCAAACAAUUCAAAAAAUUCAAGGACAAGUCCAGCGCCAUUAGGUCUGACACUGGUGUUUGCAGAAGGCUGUCUAAGUUCAUCAAGAGGUGGCGCCGUCCUGGGCAGAUGUUAGUUGUUGGGAAACCUGAGUAUAAAGCAAUCAUAGAAGCGAGCAUGGGCAUACCUUGCAUUUUCGAUGAAACUGUGAUGGAGGUGACGUGGGGCGUGAAGCAUAUCAUCCAUAGUCUAGUCAAUGAGCGCAUUGUUCUUUCAGCAUGUGCCUUUUAUGAUUGCGAUGAAAUUGAGAAGAAACAUGAUGCGUGCUUGAGACGCGCUGGCAAGCAACUUAAGGAUGUGUCUGGCAUUAACACCCAGGGCUGGAGCUUACUGAAACUCUCAACAGCUCUGAUGCUUAUAUCUUUCUCCGAAGAAGAAAUUCUAGUUGGUGAUCCAGAAGAGUUAUUUACAGCUGAGGAGCUGUCUAAGUUCCAGGAUGAUGCACACGAAUAUGACGACAAGAUGUCAAAGUACCCAUGCCGAAGAAUAUAUGAAGAACUAGUGUGUGCCCUUGAAGCUAGAGCAGCGAAUAGAAUACUUUUGACCUCCUUGGUUAAGGAGGCAAGUGCGUGUUUCUCUAUGGUACCCGAAGCUUGCAAAGUACAGCCAUCCCAUAUAGCUAAGAAUAGCAUCAAUUUAUUCGAUAACCGACCGAGAAAAUUUGUAAUGCCGGUUCCUGCUAUUGAGCAAGUUUGUAGAACAAAGAAGACCGUACAGCCCUCGAGAUGGGUGCGGAUGUUCUCCAACGUGAAGCUCUUGCCUCACAUGCUCAUGGUUUUCAUGAAGCGGGAGCUUGGGUCCUGCAGAUUGCUGCGGGAGAUCAUGACGAAUGUACAUCGCUGGAGGAGGAUGAAGCUUUUGACAUGCAGGAAGAUUGAGAAGACUAUUGGAGGUACAGCUUGCUAA